UCCCUGAGCGAUCAAGAACCGAUUGCUCUGGUCUCGAGUCACAUGUUUUGACAAGUAAACAUGGCGGACGAGGAUCCAAACAGCAAAGUUGAAUGCGAAGACGUUCCUGCGAAAGAAGAACAACCAGAGGCUACGGAGCCUGGGCAAAAUUAUGUCGCCAACGAUACCGACGAGGUCCAGAAGGACAAGCGGGCAGACAGCUCCUGGUCGGCGCCGAUUCUGUCGUUUGCUCGUAAGGCGACGGAGACGCUGAGCAGUGGAGUGAAUCACUACAGCGCGGGGUUAAAGGGACCGGACUCAUCACAACACACCUCCGACAGCUCAGAUCCCCUGAAGACAGCAGCUGUGAAGGAUCCCAUGGUGGUGGAGAGGUCAAACCUCCUCAGCAUGAUGAAGCUCAGCAUUAAGGUUCUGAUCCAGUCCUCCCUCAGUCUCGGCCGCUCGCUGGACUCUGAAUAUCCGCCUCUGCAGCAGUUCUUUGUGGUUCUGGAGCACUGCAUUAAACACGGGUUAAAAGUAAAGAAGACUUUCAUUGGUCAGAAUAAGUCUAUCUGGGCUCCUCUGGAAUUGAUAGAGAAACUGUGCCCAGAGUCAGCUGACAUUGCCACCAGUGUGCGGGAUAUGCCUGGAAUCAAGACAGGCCUCGGCCGAGCUCGAGCAUGGCUUCAUCUGGCUCUAAUGCAGAAAAAAAUCGCAGACUACAUGAAAGUGCUUAUAAAUAGAAGAGACCUUCUUGGGGAGUUUUAUGACCCCGGGGCUCUCAUAAUGGAGGAGGAGGGGGCUGUGAUCGUAGGGAUGCUGGUGGGUCUGAAUGUGAUCGAUGCCAAUCUGUGUGUGAAAGGAGAGGAUCUGGAUUCCCAGGUGGGCGUCAUUGACUUUUCAAUGUAUCUAAAGGAUCCCCAAGCAACUGAGAACACACAGGAUGAUUCAAAAAUGACAGCCAUUCUUGACCAGAAGCACUAUAUUGAAGAACUGAACCGGCAUCUGAGCUGCACAGUGACGGAUCUUCAGGCCAAGAUGGACUCACUGGAGAAGACCAACAGCAAACUCAUUGAGGAGCUUACAGCAGCCACAGACAGAAUCAACGUUCUGCGCGAAGAGCAGGAACAACUUAAACAAGAAAAUGCAAAUAUUCUCCAAUCUAGUCAGAGGAAAGAGGAGGUGACUCUACAAGACAGCCAGGCUGAGCUAGAAACAUAUCGACAGACACGGCAGGGUUUGGAUGAAAUGUACAAUGUAGUCUGGAAGCAAUACAAGGAGGAGAAACGAAUCCGGCAGGAGCUGCAAAAGGAGCUGGAGCUGCAGAUCGGUCUGAAGCAGGAAAUGGAAGUUGCAAUGAAACUCCUGGAAAAGGACACACGUGAGAAACAAGAUACGCUGGUCGCGCUUCGACAACAACUAGACCAUGUCAAGAAUCUCAACUUACAGAUGUUCAACAAAGCACAGGAGUCUGGCCGAGUGGCCCAGAAAAAAGUGGAGGACAUGCAGGAGCUGGAAGAGAAGAUGAUUCAGAUGGAAGCAGCCAUGAAGGAACUAGAGCAGAGGCUUCAAAAUUCAGAAAAUGUGCGCAAGGACACGGAUGAAAGCCAGAAUGAGCUGAGAUCGGAGAUGAAAGGAAAAGUGAACGCUCUGCAGAAGCGUCUCGCUGACCUCGACACACUCCGGGCAGGCCUGGAGUCAGCGCUCAGCACAGAGAAGGAGCAGCGGCAGAUCCUACAGCGGGAGCUACAGAGAGAACAGGACAACAGCACAGAGCUGCGCACACAACUGCAGCAGCUGCAGGGCCUGCAGACGGAGCUUCUUGAUCUUCGACAGGAGAAGAAACAGCUCCAGCAGCUGUGUGAGGAGCAGGAACAGGCUCUACAGGAGAUGGGCCUUCAUCUCAGCCAAUCCAAACUCAAGAUGGAAGACUUCAAAGAGGUCAACAAAGCCUUGAAGAAUCAUGCCUGGCUAAAAGACGAUGAAGCUACACAGUGCAAGCAGUGCCAAAAAGAAUUCUCAAUCUCUCGGAGAAAGCACCAUUGCAGGAACUGUGGAGACAUCUACUGCAACAGCUGCUCCAGCAAUGAGCUGGCUCUGCCCUCGUUCCCCAGACCUGUCCGCGUGUGUGACGUCUGCCAUUCCCUCCUGCUCCAGAGAAGCUCUAUCGGCUCCUGACAGCAUUCAGCAUCUCUGCUGAUGGUGUGUGUGAGAAACUACAGGCUAACUGUAUUAAUCAAACUCUCAAUCUGUUUUUAACACUUAUGCAUUAAUUACCACUGGCUUCAGUUUGACUAAAAUCUUUGAUUGUUGCAAAACCAUAUGCAAAGUUUUUUUUUUUUUGGACAGGAAGAUGCAAGGAUAAUUAGAAACUAACAUUAAUUUGAUUGUAUUUAUAAUGAUAGUCUCCAUUUUAGGGAGAGCACUAACAUAUAUAAACCUUUCACGUGUUCACCAAGAGUGAAUGCAGAGGAUUCAGAUUUCGAUUCUCUUCAUGCUUUUUAGUAUCCUCUUUUCAAUAUAGGACAGAAUUAAUUUUGUACUGAUUUUGUAAAUUUUGGUGUGUUCAAUUUAAUUUUUUUAAGGAGACACGGAAUUACUGAAUUGUAAUCUUUAUCACUAAUUAUCAUUAUUUUUUCACUAUGUAUGUGCUAUAAAUAUUUAACCUGUGCAUGUCAUACAAAAAAAAUAUACCACUAUCAAAGGUCAAAAGUUGGGACCAGUUCCUGUAUGAAGUGAGUAGAUAUGCGAAUUUUUCAACAAUGUGUAAAUCAUUCAUAAAACCAUUCUUACAUAAAUAGAAUUGAAUAACGGUGGUUUUAUGAACACAUUUGUUCUGCUAAUAUCAUGAAUGAGGCCCAAAGUCUGUAAAUGAUUUUUCAUUGUCCAAAGGUAAGAUCACAUUUAUAGUAUGCAAGACUAAAGAGCAGAUGCAUUGUAUUUUCUCCAACUUUUUUUGCUCAUGCCAAGAAAAUAAUUUUUUAUAAAAUUUUCAAGGCUCUCUGAAUACAAAAUGUCUAUUUUAGAUUGUACGACAGUUUCCUGUGUUGAACCCUCUUUUGUCUCCUGUUCUGUUCAUAAAGAUGUAAUGAAGUUUCUGAAGAUUUUAUAGAAUUGUGUACGGUUUAAUAAACACUGCCUCAAAGUAUUAA